AUGUCCUCAAGUAUUAAUCAUUACAAGUAAAUACUGAUUUAAAAAAUAGGUACACAUGUGCUUCUAAUUAAAACACAAUAAUAGAUUAAGAAACUGUUGAUAUCUCUGAUAUUGAAAAUUAUCAUUCAUUAGAAAUCAAAAGUAUGGAUUAUCUCUUUGUUUGCAAAAAAUCAUCUAAAUGUCUUUAUCUAGUCUCAUUAAUUGAUAGCUAUGAAAAAUAUUAUCUAAAUACAGAUAAAGAUAUUACAGAUUUUGCACUUGCUUAUUUUGCACAUUCAUAUUAUUUAAUAAUAAUCUAAAAUAAGGAGGAAAUAUAGUUUUUCAAAAUUGAUUACCAAUAUAAAUUUUCUUUAAAUAAUGAGCUUAAAAUAGAAGGAUUAUAAUAACCUUAAUUAUAUUGUUCUUAAUAAAUAGGAAUAAUUUUAAUAGAUAAUACAUAAAUAUAUCUAAUUCAAUUAGACAAUAAAUUUAUGAAAUAAUAACUUAAAUAGGUAGUUAAAUAAGUGAUUAUUACAAGAUGUUUAAAAUAUAUAUUCAUUCUUACUCAAGAUUCUAAAUUAUAGGUUCUCAAUUCAAAAUCAUUACAAAUCAUUAAUGAACAUAAUCUUAAAUAUACAGAAUCAGAACCAAUAAAAUUUUAAUUAUUUGAACUAAAUAAUUAAAUAGCUCUUUUUACUAUCACAUCUGAAAAAAGAAUAAUUUUUUGGUCUUUCGAUAAAGAAGAUUUGCAUACUUCAAGUCUCUUACCUAUUGAAUCUGUGAAAUUGAAAAUUAAUUCAAGGUAUUUUAUAUAUUUAACAUUAUUUGAAGCAAAUAAAAUAUAGAAUUAUUUGAUUUCUAAAUUGAUACUACACAAAACUUUCUUUUUAUUCUAUAUCAUACAUAAGAUAUGACUGUAUAAAUUUAUAUAGCUUAAUUGAAUCAAUCUUAAGUAAAUAAAAUAUCAUAUAUUUUAGAUUUAAAAAAAAGAAAAAAGCAAAAUUAAACAUAUCAAAAAAUUUGUUAAGGAAAGUUCUACUUCAUCUUUAUUUAUACAAUUCAUAAUACCCCCUGAAUAAACAACAAAGUUUUUACAUGGUGGUAAUAAAUGUUUAUCUGAAAAAGAAUAUAUAGAAUUUCAAUAAGGAUUUAAAGAUUUUUAAAAUUAAGAAUUAGAAUUUACAGAUCAUGAAUUACCUUAUAUUUUUGGAUUAUAAUCUGAAAAGAAAGAUAAAAUUGAAUUAUGUUGGUUCUAUAGUGAUCUUGUUUUAGGGGCUAUUUUACCAGAGAAUUUACUUUAACUCUAUGAUUAAAAUACUUCAAAAAAGUAAGGUUCUAGUAUUAUUCAGUAAUCUCAUUUAAUUCCACCUCCUUAUAUCAAAGAAGAAGAUGUACAAUAAUUAUAAUAGUAAUAAAAGUGGGAAAUCAAUAGCAAUAAUACUAAUUAAAAUAAUAAUAGUUUAAAUUAAUUUGAUCCAGUGAUUAAGGCAAAUGAAAUAAUAGAAAAUGAAUUGAUACCAAAAGUUUAAUAAUGUUAAUAAUAACAAUAAUUUUAAAUGAUAAGUAAUGAUGUGAAAAAAGAUUUAAUUGAAGACAUUACAUUCAUUUUUGAUAUUAAAGAUUUGAUUGAAGCUUAAGUAAAAAAGGAAAUUGAUAAACAAGGGUAAAAUGAUUAAUAAGCAUUACAUAAAUUAGAAUUAUAAUUUAAAUAGGAUUUAUGUUAAUUAGAAACUCAAAUGGAAAAUGUAGUUACAUAAAAUUUAGAAUUAUAUCAAUAAACAUGUGAAAAUUUUUUAAUGGAUAAUUUUAAUUAAACUUAUUUUGAAUAAUUAAUUGAUGAAAAAAUAAGUACUCAUUUAAAAUUGUUGGCUAAUCAAUAAAUAACUUAAAAUGAAGUAAAUAUUUAAUUUAUAUUAUAUAAGUGCACACAAUUAAUAUAAAAUUCAACAAAUGAUUAUUUAAAGAAUCAAAUUGGUUAACUUUAUUAAGUUGAGUUAGCUAAAAUGUCUUAAGGAAUUGUUUAAAUAUUUGAUAAAGUAAUUUAAUAUUUUAAUGACAUGUAAUUCAUAGACUAAACUAAAUUGGCUAAUUUUAAUGCAUUCAUUGAUAAUGCUACAUAAUAACUACAAACAUUAAGCAAAAAUAUAACUUAAUUAGCUGAAAAUAAUAGACCAGGAUCAGAUGCUCUAUAAAAAUUAGAUUAAUUGAUUUAAUAAACUGAAUAAAUGGUUAAAUAAUAUGAAGUUGCCAAGAAAGGACUUAAAUUAGCAGAACAGUAAUAUCAAUUGCCUUAACAAUAAUAAAAUAUUUCAUCUGAUGAUAGAUUACAAAAAAUAGAAGAACAUAUUUUGAAUUUAAGAAAUGAUUUAUAAUCCUUAACUUAAAAUUAAUAAGUUUAAAUUCAACCUGUUGCAGGUAUGGAUUAAUUCAGUAAAGGGAUAGCUGCUUAAUUAACUUAAUUAUAGAUAAAAUUAACAAAUCCCUAAAUGAAUAUAUAAUCAAUCUAAGAAAUCUUAAAUUAAUUGAUAUUACAAUUUCAAUAUUUUAUACUAAAAUUUGGAUCAUGA